ACACGUACUCCAUCGAGCUGCUUUCAGACCAAUUCCAGUCCUCCUAACCACCACCUUCUGCCUCCAAGCCUCUGCGAACCAACGCCCUGCUUUCAGCACUCAGCAUUCAUUCACGGGUGCUGUCUAGUCGAUCCGAUGGCGCUGCAGCGUUACCUCGGCUUGUCGCUUCUUCUCUUAGUCAUCGUCGGAGCAAACUACGCGACGGCGGUUCGCACCGGGCUAAUCGAUUUGAAGGGCAAGGAUUCGAAGCAUGGCGGAGGCCCCCCGGACGCGGGUGGACCGGGCGGAGUCGGCGAGACUGGCGGGGGGAAGGGCGGAGAAGGCGGAAAGGGCGGGAAGGACGGGAAGAAGGGACCGCCUGACGCGGGCCCGUGCCCGUUGCCCAAGCCGGAGGAUGCUCAGGCUCUCGGGAAUCUGACGGCGAUCCUUGCGGCGCGCCUGAACGGAUCCGAGGUGGUUGGGUCGACGGGCGACGUGAACGCUACCGGCCGAAUCUGCCUCGCCGUCUUCCAGCUUGACGGCGACUACAGCAUCUUCUACAGCGUCGCCGUUUCCACCUCCGACGCCGGCGAGCCGACGGCCGCCUCCAUCGGGCAGGGCGCGGCGGGAGAGGCGGGGACUACCGUCCUCGAUAUUGUCGCGACGGGAGACAGCGCCACGUGGGCGAAUCUCACCCGUUCGCCGCCUCCUCCGCCUAAGAAGGGGAAGAAGAACAAGGGCGCGCAGCCCGCCCCCCCUCCUCUGAAAUUCACUUAUGGCACAAACGGGACGUGGCUUAACGCGAGUACCCUGACCACGUCGGGCGGGCAGACUUACAAGGAGCUGGUGGAUGCGAUUAUAGCGGGGCCGGACGGCUACUAUGCGGGGUUUGCGACUUCGGCUUACGAGUUUGGGGCAGCGAGGGGACAGUUCAAGUCGGAGCCUCUUCCGCCGCCGCCUAAGGGGAAGAAGGGAGGAGAUAAGAAGGGGGGAGACAAAAAGGGCGGAGAUAAGAAGGGCGGGAAGAAGGAUGGGGAGUUUGACCCUGCCCUGGGCACUCUCGUUGGUGUGGUGGGAGCGCGCCUCAACGGCUCUAAUGCUGACCUCACUGCUGACGUCAACGCCACUGGAUGCGUCUCGCUGGCUAUCUUCCUCACCAACACGAGCGACGACUACAACAUUCUUUACAACGUCGGCGUGACUCUAACGGACGCUGGCGAGCCCACCUCCGUUACCAUCAACUCCGGUGCUGACGUCGCACUCACAGUGGACACCUCUGGCGCAACGUGGGCCAAUCACACGCUAUCAGACGCUGAGCGCGCCAAGCUGGGCGGCAAGCUGAAGCCCAAGGGAAAGAAGAAGCAGCCCCCUCCUCCUCCGCCUCCGAUGGGCUACAGAUACGAAAUUACCGGCACUUGGCUAAGCGCCAGUACUUUGACAGCGGAUAACGGGCAAACAUACAAGGAGCUGGCUGACGCCAUGCUGGCUGCUCCCGCCUCUUACUCUGCUCUCGUCAGCACUGCCGCCUUCUCCUCUGGUGCUGAAAGCGGUGUUUUUGCUAAUGUCACCAAGGGCGGUGGUGACAGAUUUGCCAAAUUGGCCAUCAAGUUGAGGGGUGAUUAGCUGGGGUGGGAUGGGGGAGGGUUGGUGAUGUAGGAGGAAGUAGCUCGCAGAUUCGAUUAGUGGGGCAAACCACUUCUGCUAUGUGUACGGGUUAGAGGACUAGAACAGGUACGCUGCUGUUGUGAUUCUGGUUA